AUGCUCGGCCUACUUCCCUCAGCCGAGGACGGAAUCCUCCCCUACUACCUGCUGCUGGUGUCCGUGGCAGCCAUUGGCAAUGCAGUCCAGAACCUCAUGACCCUCCACUACACCCGGCGCAUCUACAACGGGCUCUUCGUGCCCCGCGCAUCGGCCAACCCGGACGCGGUCGACAAGCUCCAGCCGCUGGCCGACGCGCCGUCCCUGAAGGACAAGCCCACCGGCGUCGACCAGGUCACGCCCCUGGCCGCCCGGCUGUUUGGCGUGUACACCGUCCUCGCCGGCCUCAUCCGCCUCUACGGCGCCUACCGCGUGCACGACCCCGUGUUGUACCAGAUGUGCCUGAUCACGCACCUACUGGCGGCGGUGCACUUCACCAGCGAGGCUUUCGUGUUCAAGACCGUCAAACUGGGCUGGGAGCACGCCUUCCCUUUCUCGGCUGCCAUCAGCGGUAGCGUGUGGAUGACUCUGUAUUAUUCACACUAUGUCAAGGCAUGA